AUGUCCAACCAAUCGAUGUACUCCGGCGUCAAGCCCAAAGAAGCUCGCAUCUACAUCAUCGGUCCAAAACACUCGGGCAUUGAAGAAAUAGGCAAAGCCCUGCUUAGGUCAGACAUAGAGUGUCUGAAGCGUACUACUGAUGUCAACGCUACCUGUCAACAGUUUCUCAUAUCCGAUGGCGAAGAAAGACUUCGCGCCCGCUCGAAUGACACGGUAUACAACGAAUAUUUAGAGGGCGGCAGGCUUCGGAUUCCUGACGAAAAUCUUGUUGUCAUGGUUAAGAGCGAUUUGAACGGCGCUAUGGAAAGAUGGGCGAGGAAGCAUGGCGAGUCCAGCACGGAUGAUCAGAGGAAUCACACCCGUGAGGAACAAACCAGUGGAUUGUUUCUCAAGAGCCUUAUACGAAAGAUACACAGUGCCAUCCAAGAGUUGCAGCCAGAACAGGUCCGGAUACAGAGGGCUAGAGAAGAGGCCUGUGCGACGUAUGACGAAGAAAAGAGGGAGGUUGAGAGGCUUUUCGCGAAUAUGAAGAUACAGCCAGGCAUCCGUUCGUUGGAAGUAGAUGGAGAUGAAAGGAUGUUGGCUGUAAAGAAGAUCUGUGAUGAAUGGAGGACAAUGCAGAAUGACUAUGGUGAUGCUUGA